CCAGGUCUUGUCCCAGAUACUCUGGUUGCUGCCUUCUUGAGAACUAGCUGCAGCAUUGAACAUAAUGGACCACCAAACAAGCGGCUCAAGUUGUCUUUAGCACCCCAGAGUCUAAGAGAUCUCAAUGGACUUCUGACAUCAGAAAUUCCGCUGGGCUAUAUUCCGCUAGCACGAUGUCAUAUCAGAUUACUUCAUCAACAGAACUUUGCUCACUCGAGAAGUGCAGAAAGUCUACUGCAUUCAUUCAAAUACGUCUCACGUCUUCCUGUUGUAGUGCAGACAGUCACUGCCGCUUCUGUUUAUUCUGAUACCACUGUGAAUAAGGACAAGCUUGACAGCCUUCAGCUGAACUUGUUAGCAGUGCCCGGACAGGAAGUUAUAUUCUCAGAUAGAAUCACCGACCGUAAGCUCAUCGAUGCCAUUGAUGGCGAAUUGUUAGGAAGCUUGCCCUGCGCCGAUCGAUUUGUUAAGAGUGUGCCGUCUGUGUGCUACCAGGCAACCUUGCAUCAGCUCCCUGAUGGGAAGUCCUUCAGACUGGAAACUGUCAUCCUUUGGAAGGAUUCGAAAGAUAUUCUAGAUUCCAGAAGCCUAUUGCCUGCCUCAUCCAGGGUCUUUUCGAAGUAUGUUCUGAGAGAGAGUGACGGUUCGCUCAUGGAGCACACAGCACACACCCAAAGAUUUCAAGGGCAGGGGGCAAGUUGGUCACCACGCGAUUUUUACGAAAACGUUCAUGUACCACCUGAUAUGCCCACGGGCUCGGCCGAGAUUAAAUGCGCCCUGACAGAGUGUCAGCUUUUCCCCUUUCAGAGACGGACCGUCAGGUGGCUCUUACAGAGGGAGGGCGUCAAAUUAUGCCCCGAUGGACAGGUAAUCCCUAUUGAGGUGGAUUCAGAUAAUGAUCUACCAGCCUCCUUCAUUCGUAUCACAGAUGCGGAUGGGAAGUGCUGUUAUGCGAGCCAUCUCCUCAUGAUUGUGACUACAGAUAUCUCUGCACAGAGGACAGUCUUACGAGGCGGUAUCUUGGCUGAAGAAAUGGGCCUGGGUAAGACGGUCGAAAUGAUCAGUCUAAUGUGCCUCCACCGUCGAAAAUUACUACCUGAGACCCUACGUCCAAGCCCCACUGGUGGCUUGAGGCCCUCCCGUGCCACUCUGAUUAUAACGCCACCUGCGAUUCUCGACCAGUGGAGAGAGGAGAUUUUGCUACACGCUCCGAGUCUUCGUGUUUUCCACUAUGAGGGUAUUAACCGUCACCAUGAGAUAUCAGAGCGUGGCUUGAUUGAUAUGGUCGCUGAUCACGAUGUCGUCCUCACGACCUAUAAUGUUCUUGCUCGAGAGAUUCAUUACUCUGGAAAUGCUCCGCAGCGAAAUCUUCGGCAUGAAAAAAGGUUCGAGCCACGGAAGACGCCUCUUGUUCAAAUUCAUUGGUGGCGAGUUUGUCUGGAUGAAGCCCAGAUGAUAGAGAGUGGCGUCAGUAAUGCAGCCAGAGUUGCUCGUUUGAUCCCGCGCCAGUUGGCCUGGGCUGUGACCGGGACCCCUAUCCGCAAGGAUAUCACAGACCUUCUCGGCCUUCUUCUAUUUCUGCGCUAUGAUCCUUUCUGUGGUUCUAUUUGGAAUAGGUUAUGCCGGUCAUUUCGCCCUGUUCUGGCGCGUAUCACUCAAACUAUUGCUCUGAGGAAUAGCAAAGAUCGCAUUCGAGGGGAGCUCCGCAUACCACCUCAGAAAAGGUUUGUUAUCACAAUACCUUUCACUGCAGUUGAAGAGCAACAUUACAGACAGCUGUAUGAGCAGAUGUGUGAAGAGUGUGGGCUUGAUAUUUCAGGUGCACCUAUCCAUGAUUACUGGAAUCCUAAUGACUCAUUAGUCAUCGAGAAAAUGAGGAGCUGGCUUGCCAGACUUCGCCAGACGUGUCUUCAUCCCAAUCAGGGUCGAGGAUUUACCGCUGGGUCUAGCGGUCCGUUACGCUCAGUCCAAGAAGUUUUGGAGGUUAUGAUUGAUGAAAACGACGUGAGAGUAAACGCUCAAGAACGUGAACGUCUCUUGUUGCGAAUGCGCCGUGGGCAAUUGCUGGAGAAUGCUUUGCGAAAACGAGAAGCACUUGAGCUGUGGAGGACUUGCUUUGAGAGAGCGAGUGCAAUCGUCAACGAUUGUCGAGGUCGACUUCAAACAGAGAUCGAGAGACUUCGGGUAUCAAAUGUGGGCACUAGUCAAGAAUCGGCAUCGAAUGACCUGGCAACCAAUGACGAGAGUGAAGAUUCGGACAAGAGUAAUCGCAUAGGCACCUACCGACAGAGGCUCCGCACUGCUCUUGAGGUCCAGCAUAUGGGUAUAUUCUUCAUGGGCAAUGCGUACUAUCAAAUCAAAUCGGAUCUCAAGUUGACUGACCCUGACUCUGAUGAAUUCAAAUCUCUCGAGCAACGGGAAGAGGAGGCGUACGCCACUGCCAAGUCCAUUCGGAAGGAAAUUUUGACGGAUGUGUCUAAGAAGGUAGGAAAUCACAUGAGAAUAAUCAAGGAGAUGCUGCGCAACAAGCGAUAUGUGGUCAUACCGAAGAUGAAACCUCAGAUAUAUAACACAGGCGUAGAGGCUCGCCGUGUGCUCGAGAAUUUCGAAGACUUCUGCGAGGCUAUGAAUAAACAUGCUGCACAAUACGACGAGUGGCGUCGAACCAUGGUUCAUCUUCUUUCCCAGUCGCUCAUUGACCAGGAGGAUGAAUCGGAGCUUCAAGGGAACGAAUACGAAAGUUCUACCAAACAUCAAGAUGAAAUGUAUGUUUAUAUGGAGGCACUACGCGCCAUGUUCGCUGAUCGCCACGACUGUCUGACUGGACAGAGGAAUGUGCUUAUUGCUCAUGAAGUCAAAGGCGGAGUCGCUCAGGCCCAGAAGGGCGAGGGCCCUUCACCAGAGCUGUUUCUGAAUAUCAUGAACAUGCGAAGUCGUAUGAAGCCCGAUCCUAAAUUGGGCUCUCUUCGUGGUAUUAUCAGUGAGCUUCGCAGCUUGACCACAUCCCUUGAAUGGCAGGCAACUGAGGGAAGCGCUCGGGCUCGGGCCGAAAUGGAAAUCGCCAGUUUGGUGUUGAAAAAUGCCAGUGCUAUGGCUGCAGAACAUUCCAAGGUUGUUUCAAGCCUUGAGAGAGAGGUUGAGAUGUUCCGGGACACGAUGAAUUAUCGUCUUGAGUACUAUCGUCAAUUACAGCAAAUCUCUGACACCGUGGCCCCGUUUGACGAGGAGAGCGUCGGAAAGCCUUUAGAUGAGGCCGUCUUCGAGGCGAAGCUCUCUCAAGAAAACGUUAUUGAUGGAAGAAUAUCGGCUUUGCGCGCAAAGCACCGCUAUUUAAUCCAUCUUCGAGACGAACCGAGCGUGGAUGAGUCCACCAGAAUAUGCGUGAUAUGCCAAUCAGGCUUUGAGAUUGGUGUUUUGACUGUAUGUGGCCAUCACUAUUGCCAGCAUUGUUUGGGCAUAUGGUGGCGUCAGCAUCGGACUUGUCCUACAUGUAAACGAAGGCUGAAAGCGAACGAUUUCCAUCAGAUCACAUACAAGCCUCAGGAUUAUGUUGUGCAAGAAGAAAAGGCACCGACCAAGGCCAUGUCUGAACGACCGUCUUCCACAAACUCAAUAUACCAUGAUAUCAGUUCGAGCACGCUAAACGAGAUCAAGAAUAUUGAUUUGAAUUCUUCUUUUGGCACUAAGAUCGAUACUCUGGCUCGCCACAUAAUGUGGCUCCGUGAGCACGAUCCUGGGGCCAAGUCGGUAGUGUUUUCCCAGUACAAGAACUUCCUUGAAAUUCUAGCAUCUGCCUUAUCCCGGUUCAAGAUUGGGUUCAGCAGUGUUGACAGCAAAGAUGGCAUACAAAAUUUCAAGAGCGACCCUGCGCUGGAAUGCUUUCUCCUGCACGCCCGAGCCCAUUCAUCUGGACUUAAUCUUAUUUGUGCGACAAAUGUCAUAUUUUGUGAACCCUUGAUCAAUACUGCAAUCGAGCUUCAGGCCAUUGCUCGCGUACAUCGCAUAGGCCAGCAUCGGCCAACAACCGUCUGGAUGUAUCUGGUCUCUGACACUGUUGAGGAAUCGAUUUACGAUCUGUCUGUGUCGCGUCGUCUAGCCCAUAUCAUGCAAAAGGAGGAACAGCAAGAGGACAGACCAUCAGAGUCUCUAGUAAAUGGCGCUCAUGAGACGGCAAGCACCACGCUUACCGAGACAGCAAUUGAUGCAGCGAAUUCUCUUGAGAUUCAAGAUGCGCCGCUUUCCAAAAUGAUGGCAAGCGGCCCCUUGGGUGGUGAACUUGUCCAGGAAGACGAUCUAUGGCGAUGCCUUUUCAGGAAAGCCAACAGUACCCACAUGGAUGCCGCAGGUGAAGUCGCGAGGUUCUUGGAAGGCGAGGCCGCUGAGCAGAGAAGUGUGGCGUUAUUGAAUUCGUAA